AUGUUCUCCAUCCAGGACAGCCUCCCCCGGGGGGCCCUGACCAUGAAGGAGGAGCCGCUCCCCACCGGCAUGACCCCGGUCCGUUCCUGGAUGCAGGGCGCAGGGAUUUUGGACGCCAACACAGCGGCCCAGAGUGGAGUGGGACUGGCCCGAGCUCACUUUGAGAAGCAGCCUCCAUCCAACCUGAGGAAGUCCAACUUCUUCCACUUUGUACUGGCGUUGUAUGAUCGGCAGGGCCAGCCGGUCGAGAUCGAGCGAACAUCCUACGUGGACUUUGUGGAGAAAGACAAGGAGUAUAACGGAGAAAAAACCAACAACGGGAUCCACUACCGCCUACAGCUGCUGUACAGCAAUGGUAUCCGGACAGAGCAAGAUCUUUACGUCCGGCUCAUCGACUCCAUGACCAAACAGCCCAUCCUGUACGAAGGUCAGGACAAGAACCCAGAGAUGUGUCGUGUCCUCCUCACCCACGAGAUCAUGUGCAGUCGAUGCUGUGACAAGAAGAGCUGCGGGAAUCGCAACGAGACACCUUCAGAUCCAGUCAUCAUCGACAGAUUCUUCCUGAAGUUCUUCUUGAAGUGCAACCAGAACUGUUUGAAAAAUGCUGGAAAUCCAAGGGACAUGAGGCGGUUCCAGGUGGUGGUGUCUACUACAGUCAAUGUGGACGGUCAUGUGCUGGCCGUCUCAGACAACAUGUUCGUCCAUAACAACUCCAAACAUGGCCGCCGGGCACGACGUCUGGACCCCUCUGAAGCAGCCACUCCCUGCAUCAAAGCCAUCAGUCCGAGUGAAGGCUGGACCACCGGCGGCGCCACGGUCAUCCUCAUCGGAGACAACUUCUUUGACGGCCUGCAGGUUGUCUUCGGCACAAUGCUGGUCUGGAGCGAGCUGAUCACACCCCACGCCAUCCGGGUUCAGACUCCCCCUCGGCACAUCCCUGGUGUUGUGGAGGUCACACUGUCCUAUAAGUCCAAACAGUUCUGCAAAGGAGCACCAGGACGCUUCGUUUACACAGCACUCAACGAGCCCACUAUCGACUACGGCUUCCAGAGGCUACAGAAGGUCAUCCCUCGUCACCCCGGGGACCCUGAGAGGUUACCAAAGGAGGUUCUGCUGAAGCGAGCGGCUGACCUGGUGGAAGCUCUCUAUGGGAUGCCUCACAACAACCAGGAGAUCAUCCUGAAGCGAGCCGCCGACCUCACCGAGGCUCUCUACAGUGUCCCUCGCAGCCAUAACCAGCUGCCAUCACUCACAGGCUCUGCCGCUCACUCCGGCAUGAUGGCCGUCAACUCGUUCAGCAGUCAGCUGGCUGUAAACAUCAGCGAGGCGUCCCAAGCCGACCAGGGUUAUUCCCGUAACUCAAACAGCGUGUCUCCUCGAGGAUAUGUGCCAAGCUCCACGCCUCAGCAAUCCAACUAUAACACCAUCACAUCCACCAUGAACGGGUAUGGAGCUGCUGGGAUGACCAACCUCGGCGUCCCUGGCUCUCCAAGCUUCCUCAAUGGAUCCACCGCCAACUCUGCUUACGCAAUCAAACAGAAGAGCGCCUUCGCCCCCGUCGUGCGGCCACAGACCUCCCCGCCCCCCACCUGCACCACCACCAAUGGCAGCAACCUUCAGGCCAUGGCUGGUCUUAUCGUGCCCCCCAUGUGAGGACGCCUCAGAUCUGACCACGCCACCUCACUCUAACCCAGAACCACCUCUGUUUCCGUCGUCUUCUUCUUCAUCUCCUCCACCACCAGCAGACCACAUCACACUCCCCCUGCUGGCGGAUCAGACCAACGGAGGACAUCAGAGUGGGAUGUUUUCACAGACUGGAUAGUCUUAAGCUGGUUCUGUUGUUCUAGAACUACAAACUAUUUUCUCUGGAACUGAAUCAGAGGCAAUGGGAGCCUCAGUUUGGCUCAAAGCUGAGCUGAAGGAAGACCAUUUUAAAAUUUGACUGAAACACAAAUAAGUGAAGAAUGGAACAAUUUCAGCCAUCAGAGGUUUGAUCUUUGGGUUUUUAGGGUCAACAUUAGUCUGGUUUUAAAAAACACUAAUCUCCUCUGGGAUCAUCUUCAGUGGAACCGAAGGUGGAUCUUAGUUCCCGGCUCCACCCACUUAAAAUCCUAAAUAUUCUGAUUCUGUUGGCCUGAAAACUCCCAUUUCACAGUUGGACCAAGUUCAACUUAUUUUCUGGGACUGGGAGGGGGGAACCCAUCAGUUUGAGUUCCUUAUUCUGUAAAGAUGGAAGCUGCAGAUCUUCCUGCUUCUUCUGACUUUUCUUUCUUUGUUUCUGUUACAUAGCUUCUAUCAGCUGAUGUGUCCAGUUUUAGAUUUGAACCAGAAGAGAGUUGGGACUGUUUUAUUCUGUUUCUUUCUCCUUGUUGGGAUUAUUUUGCCAUGUUACUAGGGGGGCGUUCCUUCUGUGAUGUAGGCCUGAAAGAUAGUCUGGAUUAUAUCUGUAAACACAUGGAUGUCUUCAUACCUUUGGAUCUUGUAAAAACAAUAACCGAGAAAAAGAAAAAUCCUGUUUUUGUAAAAAAAAAAAAAAUAUUGCCUAAAAAAACAUGACUAUUGAUCUUGAUCUUCGAAAGCAGGAAAUAAAACUUUCAUCACUUUUGUAUAAAAAUGCUUUUUUCUGAUAUUUAACUUUUUGUAAAAGACUGUGUUUUUCCUGCUUUUUUUCUUGUUCUGUGUGAAUUAUUGUGAAAUCUAUAUUCAAGGUUAUUUCUAAAUGCACUGUUUUGGUUGGAGCACUAAAAGAGAAGAGUAAAGAUGAGAGAACAAUAUAAAUCCAGGUGUUUUCAUCCACAAAGCUCAUCCUGUUCCAUUAUCAGGGAUUCAUUCCUUAUGUAGAGGUUUUAUUUUACAGACAAAACAGAUUUUAAAACCUCCAUUCAUAUCCGUUCUGGUGGGUCUGUCAACAUUCCACACAAUCCAGAUCAUCUUCCUACAGAACUGUGUUCCUAGCUCUGCAGUCAUCUUCUGAACUGCUGUCAGGAAAUCCUUCAUUUUUGCAGCGAUUAGAGAAAGUUUUGGUUCCUGAUCUAAUUUGCCUCAGGUUCUCUGUCACAGGAACAAAGAAACAGUUUAGGAUUCAGAUAUUUUUCCUGCAGAGAUAAGAGGAGAAUAUUUGACUCAUUAGGAAGGAUUUUCUCAGGGUCUGAAAAAAAAUCGAAAGGUUUAUAAUUUAUUGUUUUUAUACAGAAAGAAGUGGCUCUGAACAUCAGUAGGGCUCGGCUUUUACAAUGAAAUGUUUUUGGUUCUUAUAAGAAGAAAGACGUAAAGAACUUAUUGAUAAAGGGAUUAUUUUAGCACAGCUUGGAUUAAUCUAAAAGUUUAAUGAACGAACCAGCAGUUUCCUACAGAACAACAAUAGGCGGUUCACAUUUUUUUCACUCUUAUAUAAUUUACUUUUUAACGUUUGAGGUUAAACCUACAUAUCCAGAACUUUUCCAAGUGUGUAGUGCGUUUUAACAGAACAGAAGUCUGGAAUUGGGAAUCUCUGUGAAAACCUGAGUCCCAUCCGCAGAGUCUGAUUGGAACACCAGCUCUGGUUUCUUCUUUCCUUUCCCACUUCGCACUUUUCCGGUUUUCCCUCAGUUCAAAUAUUGACUCUUGUAAAUCAGAAUCAGUGAAACCGGACAGAAAUUGUGAAGGAAAAAAGUGACCUGCCAUCCUGAUUCGUCUGGUCUAGUGUUUCUCCAUCAAGGUCCUCAGUUCGGAGUUUCACCAGAAACAGAAACUUUUUGGAUGUUUUACUUCAAUGUGAAAGAGGGCAGAAGUAUAUCAUCUUUGUGAAAUAUGAAAUAUAUCAAAGUAUAUCAAAGCACAAUGUUUAAUUAUUGUCUUAAGAAUGAACCCUCCAGGAUGGGGAAAUCCUCCACCCCCCACCUGAGGGUCUUGGUUUUUCUGUACCUGGCCAUGCUGUAAAUAGAUGCAUGUCUUCUGUUCCUCAGUUGUUUUCUUGUGAUCCGUGCUUUUUGUACAGAAACAGUCUAAUAAAGAUUAUGUUUGGCUUGAAA